AUGUACUGCAAAGUGACCUGCCACCCACCGCUUGGGCAAGCCACCACCAUCUCCAGGCAUCAGAGUGCAUUGGACUUUGUUGUCUUGCUGGAGACCGGCUCCGAAGCGGUCGACUUGAGCCAAGCCCAGGUCUGCGUCUGGCACAACCAUGGAGGCCAUCACGAUUGGGCAGAGCUCCAUCUCAAGCCCUCGACGGAGUAUGAGGAAGUUCUGCUCCUAAACCGACCUUCCACCCACCGAGUUAGACGAGAGUGGUUCACCGCUCACCUGUCUGGAUCUCCCAAGCAUGGACAGGCAGUAUCUUUCACGCUCAAGUUCCUGCUGAAGAAUGAUCAGAACUGGAGAUGGGUCAAAGACCUCACCGGCAUUGAGGACGGCGAACUUACUUAUCAGAGCACUGACUACGGAAAGCAUUCCGCCUACGAUCUCAAUCACUGGUUCAGUGAUAUCAGCAAAGACAUCAAAUGGCAAAGCGAGAAGCCGGAUACAGACGAGACCUAUCUCUAUUCAUUGACUGCACCUGUCAUUCCCGCAAAAGGUCCGGAUUCAGGCUGGCAGCAUCAUCAGCUUGGAACGCCAUCUCACGUCACGAGGUGGUUCAGCUUGGUUCGAUUGUGGUCGCCUUGGCUGGCUCCAAGACAAGGAAAGGGUAAAUUCGAAGUCGACAAAGAUGCCGUCCUGAUCUCAUUUCUGCGCUCCGAUGGCCUGCAUGUGGUUGUUCUGGGCAUUAGUGGUGUUCAGGACGUGGUGACAACGUUUUUCAACGAUAAGAGCGGAAACGUGAUCAUCAAAGGCCGCAACGAUAAGACCGAAGCCGGAACAAGCACUACUCUGGUGGCAGUGGCCAACAGCUUCGAAGUUGCAAACGCAGCAGUAUUCUACCAUGCUCGCAAAGUCGUUGCUGCCAACGGGUACAACGAGAACGAUGCGGAAGUGAAGACUCUCCUGGACCCCAUGAAGCCCGACUGGCUGGAGGAGUGGUAUGAUGGCCUCACAUAUUGCACUUGGAAUGGCCUUGGACAAAACCUGACGGAGCAGAAAAUAUACGAUGCCCUUGAUGCCUUAGCAAAGGAGAACAUCAACAUCACAAAUCUCAUCAUCGACGACAAUUGGCAAAGUCUUUCCAAAGGCGAGACUCAAUUUGUCCGUGGCUGGUCUGAUUUCGAGGCGAACGCCGAUGGAUUCCCCAAGGGAAUGAAACACACCACAACCGAGAUUCGCAAACGUCAUCCUAAUAUCAACCAUAUAGCGGUCUGGCACGCACUUUUAGGCUACUGGGGAGGAAUUGACCCUCGAGGCUGGAUCGCCCAAAACUACAAGACAAUCCAAGUGGAAAAGGAGCCAGGCGUGGCAGGUGGUAUCUUCACCGUCGUCGCUCCCGAGGACGCAAGCAGGAUGUACAACGACUUCUAUGCUUUCCUUUCGGACUCUGGUGUUGAUUCGGUCAAGACCGAUGCACAAUUCUUUCUUGACCUUCUAUUACAUGCUCCGGAUCGUAGAGAAAUGAUCACGACAUACCAGGAUGCAUGGACGAUCGCUCACCUACGACACCUGAGCUCAAGAGCAAUCUCUUGCAUGAGCCAGGCACCGCAAAUCUUAUUCCAUUCGCAACUGCCUCAAAACAAGCCAAAAUUACUGGUACGCAACUCUGACGACUUCUUCCCUGAGGUCGCCGCGAGUCACCCUUGGCACAUCUUCUGCAAUGCCCACAACUCGCUCCUCACGCAGCAUCUGAAUGUUCUUCCGGAUUGGGAUAUGUUCCAGACGAGUCACGAAUGGGCUGGCUUCCAUGCAGCUGCCAGAGCUGUCAGCGGAGGCCCGAUCUACUUCACUGAUACUCCAGGAAAGCACGACAUCUCGCUCAUCAAACAAAUGACAGCGCAGACUGCCAGAGACAAGACGGUCAUCUUGAGGCCGAGUAUCGUUGGAAAAGCCAUGAAUCCUUACAACGAGUAUUCAGCCCCCACUCUCCUGAAGAUAGGAACCUACGUGGGUAUGUCGCGUACCGGCGCCGGUAUUCUUGGUAUCUUCAAUGUCAGCAAGCACCACUUGUCCGAAUUCACAGCUCUUGACGAGUUUCCUGGCACCGAGGAGGGAAUAUACGUGAUCGGAUCUUUCACAAGUGGGCAGAUUUCCAUGUCUGCUGCCAAAAGAGGUCAAAAGCACGCACUUGUUGGUAUUGAGGUAGAGCCUCAAGGGUGGGACAUUUUGACUGCAUACAAUGUACAGACCUUCGAGCUGAAAUCUUCUCCGAAGAAGCCUGUGGGAGUCGCCGUGCUCGGUCUUGUGGAUAAGAUGACUGGUUCGGCGGCCGUCACAGGUUAUGAUAUCUAUGUUGAGGACAAUGGGAGAUUGAGGAUUUGGGUCAGUCUGAAAGCGCUUGGGAUGUUGGGAAUUUGGAUCUCGGAGCUAGAGAGCAAGAGUAUCGAGAAUGACUUCCUUGUUCUGAUCUUUGGCAAGCCGAUUGGGGUGGACUGUGUCAAGAAGAGUGGUAAGGAUGCGAGACUUCUGGAGAUUGAUGUCGAAAAGGCGUGGCGUGAGAGUGGAGAGAAGGCUGGGUGGAGCAAUGAGGUGACUUUGGAGGUGUUUAUGCAUUGA